AUGGACUCAAGCACGCACAACGCUCUGCAGGGAUGCGUUGGAUCCCUCCAAUCUAGCAUGCAACUGCUGGAAUCGAGCAUCAACAUCCUUGACUCAGGCGUGAGCGACUACCCAAGACUAGCAAAGGUCUUGCAGACAACGAGACACUUCGAACUAGUCUCCGAGCACGACCUCGUCACGGCCCAAUUCUCCUUACUCUCCGAAAUCCAGCCCGAAGUCGGCAACCUGCUUUCACGCGUUGAAACGUACCUCGACAAGCUGGAGCGAAGAGAGCAAGCACUCAUGGCCAAAGCGGAACUACAAGAAGGGCGGCUGAGCCAGCCGUCGCGAUCGAGUUAUGGCGCGGCGAAGAGUGGUGCCGCGAGACCGAGUGCUGCGGCGGGUUCGGCGGCGGUGGAGGAGAUGAAGGUGCAACAGCUACGGCAGAAGAGGGAGAGGCUGAGCUAUGCUGUGUCGAGACUGGAGUUGCAGGCGGGCCAGCGCGAGAGGCAGUUGAGAAAGAGUAUGGCGACGCAAGGAUGA